UCAGCUGUAUCAGAAGGUGCAAAACUCAUAUGAAGUUCUAUUAAGGAUCAUGAAGUCUUCAUUUUUUGUGAGGGGGCGGGGGUAUACAACAAUUUUAACAGAUGAAACUGCAACUGAAUAACACGGGGAUGCUGGUGAACUUGCACCAUCUUCCAACACGCACACACACUCGGGAGGUCAGUGGUUUCUCAGGCAGUGUUAUUCAGGCCCGAAGGCGUGGGAAUAUAGCAUGUAGGCAGAGCCGAUGACGGAAGGAGCAGAGUUCGUAAGCGCCCCAUUCAUUUAGAAGAGAAAGGAUGGCAGUUAUUGUCACUGCUGCCACGGUGUGCUCAGGGGAGCGUUAAUAAACAGGAACAUACGCCUUAUAUCCAGGAGCAGCAGCCGGGGACAGUGUCAGGCAUCGCAAUCAAAACUGAAACGUCUCCGGGAAGGACUAAGGAUACAUGACCAUCUCAAGGGAGCACUUGAUGAAAUCGACAUUUUACACAUAUUGUUAUGGCAUAUUGUAACCAGUCCCUGGCUGAAUGAGUGGAAGUAUAGUCUGCAGCAAGAAUAAAAUGUUUCUUACUGGAUUAAUUGAAUGAAAGAAACAAGAACUGCCCUGACAGUAUAUUAUUCUGACCCUCUUCCAUGAAAGGUGUAUUAAAUACAAAGAAGCAGAUUAAUCUGAUUUAAGUGCUACUUGGCUUCAGAUCAGCUUUGUACAUUUAAAGUUUACACCAGGCCUCCAGCAACUGUUUUGAAGGACAUUUAUCAGGUUUCCAAUGAUGUGUGAGAAUGGAACGAUAACCAAUGAGCUAACCAGCUGCACAGCACAAUAUUACCAGGAAACUUCUGAUUCCUACUAUCAUGUAGAUCGCUGGCAGAAACUUCGAACUGCUGUUAGGAAACUAGAAUUCUGGGAAAAUUUUAACACUGAGCUAAUAGGCACUGGAUUUUUCUCCAGAGUGUACAAGGUGACACACACCACUACUAACAAAGUGAUGGUCGUGAAAAUUUACAAGAAUGAUGUUGACCAGGAUGUAAUAGUAAGAGAGAUCAGUUUACUGCAGAAGCUUUCACACCCAAAUAUUGUCAGAUAUCUUGGAAUAUGUGUAAAGGAAGACAAACUCUACCCAAUUUUAGAGUAUGUUAAUGGUGGUUGCCUGGAAGAACUACUGGCUAGUAAAGACAUGUCACUCAGCUGGAAAGAGAAGACAAUUCUUGCCUCAGAUAUCACACGUGGAAUGGUUUAUCUGCACUCAAAGAACAUUUACCAUCGUGACCUAAACUCCAAGAACUGCUUAAUCCGUGUCAGCCCAAGGGGUAGGGAAGCAUUGGUCACUGAUUUUGGAUUGGCCAGAGAAGUUGUGGAGCUGCCAGUGAACGACCCUGAACGGAAGUUAUCCCUGGUGGGAUCUGCUUUCUGGAUGGCCCCAGAAAUGCUUCGAGGGGAGCCAUAUGACAGAAAGGUGGAUGUUUUCUCUUUUGGAAUAGUCCUUUGUGAAAUAUUGGGAAGAAUUCCAGCUGACCCAGAAAUUCUACCCAGGACCCGGGAUUAUGGCCUUGAUGUGACAGCAUUUCGAGACUUGGUCGGAGAGUGUCCCAAAAAGAUUCUAGACCUAGCUGCUAGCUGCUGUCGGGUGGAGGCAUUCAAACGACCAUCUUUUACAGAGCUCUUGGACGAGCUGGAGGACAUAGCAGACAUGCUGGAAUCGAAUAAAGAAAGUGAACUCACUGGGUAAAUCUGGACAUUCCUUUCUCCUUAUGUGACAUCUGUAUUUGUCCCAGAGAUAACAUUUCUGUACAUAGCCAGAUAUGCAAAUUUUAAAGAAGAACAGCUUCGGUUUCCCUUUCAACUUCAUAAAAUAAUGCUAUCUGGGAUAACCAUUUUAACUUAACAAGAAGACUGCGCCAAAGUAAACAUCUUCAGGUUCUAUUAUGGAGUUUUUUUCCCCUUAAAAAUACUACCUGGAUUACAAAUGACAGACUUUUAAUGUGCCUUGUGCAGAAUUUAUGUAACAAAAUAGCUCAGUGCAGAAAUCAUUCCAUGAUCGGGGACAAGCACAGCAAUUGCCAACAAGUCAGGGAAAUGCUGCUGCCUAAACUAGAGGUUUUACAUGAUGAAGCUGAACAGAUGUUUGUGAGAUAGCUGCUGUCAUGUCUUCAACAGGAUUUGGUAUUGCUGUACUGCCCUUCCUAUUCCUUACGGUUUAUUUCAAUUUUUUCUAGUUGUUAUUUAUAUUGUUUGCACCUAAUAAAAGUUUUAGCUUGUAACAUUUGCAAUUUAAGUUACUUUCUUACAUUUUGUAAAAUUGUCUUAAAAGAUUUCCUACUUUCUUGUGUUUUACUCAUCUUGGAAGUAUUGUUGUGACCCUAUCUGACCUAUCGCUACACGUCAUAUAGUGAAGUUUGCUUUGCCCUUCUCUUUGCUUUCAUUUCUGAUUUGGCACAGCACUGCAGAAGCUGAGUUGAAUUUCAUAACUGGUAUGUACUUCAUAACUGUUUAUUACUUUUUUUCUUCAUUCGUUUGUCAUUGGCCAAGAUGCCAGGCAGUCCAUCAUUAAACAUUUAAAAUGGUAA